AUGCGUUUUUCCACUGCCAUCUUUGCCCUCACUCUUGCUGUGAUCCCAUCCACCAUGGCAGCCCCUGGUUCCCUCCGCACCUCCGGUGAUGGUGCACUUGAUGGUGCAAUCGAAACUCAAGCUGAGCUCUUGUCACCUCAGGGCCAACGACACCUCUUUGGUGAUCUUGCUGACCUGGCUAACAAGAUUAAGCUGCCUGAUGACUCAGAAGAAGACAACAAGGCAGCCAAGAAGAAGAAAGACAAGAAAAGCAAAGAAAAUGGAGAGAAAGAAGACUUGGGUCGUCCCGAUGGUCGCCCUGAUGGGCCUGACAAUGGUCGUCCCGUCAAACCCAAACCUUCUGAUGGGUUUGACACUGGUCGGCCUUCCGACCCCAAAGACAGCUUUGGUGACUUUGAUUGGCGCAGUGGCCGCGACAAUGACACAGACAGGAAGAAGAGAAGUCCCAGCAAUGACGUGGACCGCUGGUUUCCCAAGGGCCGAUGGGAGAGUGACAGUGGAGAUGACAUAGCCAAGGCAGUCCGUAGGGAGAUCCAGAGACAAGCUGAAAUGGAGGCCGAGAGGAAGAGUAUGAUUGAAGAGAUCAAAGAGCAGCUGAGUGUAGCCAUUGAUAGGAAGGUUGAUGAGGCAGUGGAAGAAAAGGUAGCCAAGAUGGUUGGCAAGGAAGUCAAAAAGGAAAUGAGGAAAAUGAAAAAAGAGUUGCAAAAGCCAAAGAAGCAGCCACCAAAGUCCCCCCCACAUCCAAAGGAGGAGCAGACACCAAAGCUCCCACAUGAGGAGCAGGUUCCUCACCCUCCAAAGCCCCCUUCACCUCCAAAGAAUGAGCAAACACCAGAGCUCCCAGAUGAGGAGCAGGUUCCUCGCCCUCUGGAGGAACAACCCACAGAGGCAGCUCCUCCGGCCAGAAGAGCCCACUGGGCGGCGCCGCAGGAGGAGCCCACUGAGGCGGCGCCGCAGGAGGAGCCAACUGAGGCCGCACCUCAGCCAGAAGAGCCCACUGAGGCGGCGCCGCAGGAGGAGCCAACUGAGGCCGCACCUCAGCCAGAAGAGCCCACUGAGGCGGCGCCACAGGAGGAGCCAACUGAGGCCGCACCUCAGCCAGCAGAGCCCACUGAGGCUACGCCACAGGAGGAACCAACUGAGGCCGCACCUCAGCCAGAAGAGCCCACUGAGGCUGCACCCCAGGGGUUGCCCACUGAGGCUACCCCUCAGGAAGAGGAGCCUGUUGCUGAGCCCUAA